CGAAUCGGAGCAGCCACUGACCUACUGGCCUAUUGAUUUUCCUACAAUUUUCUACGACCUGAAGCAGACGACACACCUCUCGAACACUUUCCCUCAGAGAUUCGGAACCAGAUAUUCUCAUCCAGGCUGAAUGCUGAGCCAAUUUCACAACUAGCGGGGAGCAUGAGGAUUUUUACAGUAGGGAGAGGGGACAAACCGGUCCAAAUGGGUCUGUGGAAUGCAACAAUAGAAGCCCGAGAAGCAUCCAGAUGGCACGCUGCACGCCGCGGGGUGCCGAUUUGGUUAGCACUCCGGAGCAUCUUCGUCCUGGAUUUCGUGGACGGGCACGUCGGUACAAUCCAAGCGAUUUCGGAUUGACUGGCAAUGAGGAAUGGCGCCAUCCACGCAUGUUUAGGGACAUGACCUAUGAAACCGAUGCUGCGGCCAUGGAAACCUUUCGCCAAGCACAACCACGUCGUCAAGCGUAUGAAACGGCUCUUAAUCUGAGCAAUCUGCCCGAGGAGUGCCUGGCGGAUAUGUCGGCGCCUGGUUUUGAUCUUAGCCUGCCAUCGCAGAUGUCCGAUUUGCGAGGAGAGUUUCUGGCCGAUGUUUCGGCUCCGGAUAUGUGCGAAGUCUCCCAAAGCCAUGUGGAUGAUGUGUAUGGUGAGAUUCUGGAUCGCUUUAGGAGUAUUCGUGAACGCAUUAAUCGUUCCAAUCAACACCGCCGAUCGGAUGACUGCGCAAUGCAACAACAUAAAACGCAUCGCAGAAUAUACACCCAUCGCGACCCAAGUGGCCAUGUAACCAGUCACGUGGAUGAGACGACCAUUUCGAAUACACCCUCACUGGAUUGCACACCGGCUGGUGAGGGCGGUAAGCCUGGACGUCAUCUUAAUUUCUCCUCGCCAAACGAAUCUGAAAACCUAAUGGAUGAGACAAUGCCCUCGUAUCAUGAUCCCACGAUGCCGAAUGAAUGUUUGGAGGUCAUGUCCUCGCAGGACAUUCUGGAGAACGAGACCAUGCCAUCGUUUGCCAAUAGUUCUGUACUAUCGCGAAGACAGCCAACAAUGCCUAGCGAAUGCCUCGAGGAUGUGAGCCAGCCCACGUUCGAGAGGAGUAGAUCACGUAGAAGGAGUAGACAGAGUUCCAGAAGGCAAUUGUCGAUGCCUUCGCAGAACCUUUGGGACAUAUCGGCGCCAUCUUUUGGCGACACCACCAGGGAUCGAACUACCAACGAGUGCCUGGAGGACAUAUCAAUGCCCGCCUUUGAAGAGGUUUCCAAUGUAUCCAGAAGCAGAAGUCCCCGGCGGAGGCAGAGGUCUAGGGGUGCGCGUAAUAUAAGUGAUACCUCGGCCCCAACUUUAGUCAGCUCCGGACGAGGGCAAACCACAAAUGAAUGCCUGGAUGACAUGACCAUGCCAUCGUUUGGAAGAUCAUCAAGCGCGUCACCGAACCGAAGCCGUCGUCAAACGCAAAGAUCGAUGUCAAAGCCAAACAUCAACGAUAUAUCUGAACCCACAUAUACCAGUAUCUUGAGGAAACCAAUGACUAACGAAUGCCUAGAUGAAAUUACGAUGCCAUCUUUUGGCCCAAUAUCGCAGGCUUCCAGGGGAAACAUGUCUCGAGGACAAACAAUGCCCAGCGAAUGUCUGGAGGACAUGACAAUGCCAUCUUUUGGUGGCCUUUCAAGAGGGAGAAGUUCCGACCGACAUCAGAUAUCCAUGCCAUCGAGGAUGACAAACGAGUGCUUGGAUGAUAUGACCAUGCCAUCGUUUGGUGGAGUUUCAGGAUCCUCCAGAAGGCAGUUAACGCUUCCCAACGAAUGCCUGAAUGAUGUGAGUGCGCCAUCCUUUGCGAAGAGCAGUUCACGAGGAUCAAGCCGCCGGCAGAGAACCAAUAUCGACGAUAUAUCGGCCCCUUCGUUUGCACACUCAACCAGAUAUGGAGAUGCAAACGAAUGCCUGGAAGAUGUGUCAAUGCCAUCGUACGGAGGAGUAUCAGGAACAUCGAAAAUAAAACGAUCAAGGCGCCAGCAGUUAACAAUGCCAUCGCAAAAUAUUGGAGAUAUAUCUGCACCAUCAUUCGCAAGUUCGGGUCGUGGUCAUACGACCAAUGAGUGCUUGGAGGACGUAUCGAUGCCAUCUUUUCGAGAAGUGUCUACCAAAUCCAGGAGCAGAAGUUCAAAGCGCCAACAAAGAUCCGCAAAAUCGUCAAGUCCUUUCGAUGCCCCACGUACAUCACAUGGUUCGAUGACCAACGAGUGUUUGGAUGAUGUGACCAUGCCUUCAAUAUCUGGAGUAUCUGCUGCGUCCAGAAGACAAAUGACCCUGCCAAGUGAGUGCUUGGACGACGUUAGUGCCCCAUCCUUUGGACGAAGCGUCUCCCGAGGUUCCAGCAGAAGGCGAGGCACACUGUCAUCCCCAAAUCCAUGUGCUAGUUCCACCAGAUGUCCACCGACAAAUGAGUGCUUGGACGACAUAACUAUGCCUUCGUUUGGUGCUGUUUCGAUGGGCCCCGAACAGAGACAGUUGACCAUGCCUAGUGAGUGCUUGGAGGACAUGAGUGCACCGUCCCUUGCAGGUAUUUCUGGUCCAUCUAGAAGACAAACUACUGGCCUACCCAGCGAGUGCCUUGACGACAUGAGCAUGCCGAACUUUGGCAAUAUUUCUGGAAUAUCGCGAAGAACUGAAUGUGAGCCUGCAUUUGGAAGAAGUAGAUCGGUUGGUAGGAGUGUUCGAAGUAAACGCAACCUAAGUAAACCUCAUUCCUCCAUUGAAUGUCUCGAAGAUGUGACAAUGCCAUCAUUUGGUGGUAUUUCAUAUUCUACUAGGAGAAAGAGUACUGCACGACGUCAGACAUCCAUGCCACCUAUUACCGACUUAUCUGCCAUGAGGACUAAUGAAUGUUUGGAAGAUGUUACUAUGCCUUCUAUUGGAGAUGUAUCGGGCAGAUCCACAGCAAGUAGUCCGCGGCAAAGAAUACCAACUCCGAGAAGAGGGCAGUUCACAAGCGAGUGUUUGGAUGAUCAAACAAUGCCAUCGUUUGGAGGUAUUUCACAAUCUACAGGUCGAAGGACUCCCAGCCGACAUACGAAGAAUAUCACUGGCUCAAGUCCAGAAUUUAAUACCAAUGAAUGUAUUGAGAAUAUAUCAAUGCCUUCGUAUGUUAACAAUACGAGAGCAUCCUGGGUAAAUACCUUUCCGUCUAUGCAAAGGUCAAGACAAGGAGCAAUGACUAACGAAUGCUUGGAUGAGGUUGCCAUGGCAUCCUUUGGUACUUUAAGUCGACAUACAGCUACAAAUGAAUGUCUCGAGGACAUUUCAAUGCCUUCAUAUCGGGAUAAUACCGGAUCGCUGAGGCAUAGAUGUCCAACACCAAUUCAGAGCACCAGAGAAGAAUGUUUGGAUGAUAUGACUAUGCCAUCUUUUGGUAGUACAAUGCCAACUUUCGCAGAAACUACACGGUCGUCUAGAGGUAAAAGUCCUAGGCCAAUGCAGAGCCUAAGGCAAAGAACGUUAACCCAUGAAUGCUUGGAUGAUAUGACUAUGCCAUCAUUUGGAAGAUCCUACGGAGGACCUGUUACUAAUGAAUGUCUUGAGGAUGUUACGAUGCCUUCAUUUGGUGAAACUACAGGAUUUUAUAGACGACGUAGUCAUAUGCCACUUGAAAGCACAAGACGAGGAGCGUCGAUGAUGCAAAGAUCCAGACAAGGAGCGAUAACUAACGAGCGGCUGGACGACAUGACCAUGCCUUCCUUUGGUAGUUCAGCACGUGGACACGCUACUAGUGAAUGCCUUGAAGAUAUUUCAAUGCCUUCAUAUGGAACGAAUUCAGGAAUGUCUAGACGAAGGUGCCACACGCCAUCGCAAAGAUCGAAUCAGAAUGCGACCACAGAAUGCUUGGAUGACAUGACCAUGCCAUCGUUUGGUGAUCCAAGUCAUGGAACUGGAUUUACUGAUUGUCCUGAGGCCUUUAGAUCGUUUCCAGGUAGGAGCCCCAACCAAAUGCAAAUAAUUCAAGGACUGAUGACCAACGAAAACUUGGAUAAUAUUACGAUGCCAUCGUUUGGUACUUUUGGUCCGAGUCGAGCUUCAAAUGAAUGCCUUGAGGACAUUUCAAUGCCAUCAUUUGUAAGAAAUACAAACUCAAUGCCAGGAAGUAGCACCACGCCAAGGCAGCGGUCCCGAAACGAAAUGACGACUAACGAAUGUUUAGAUGACAUGACCAUGCCAUCGUAUGGAGAAGUAUUUGGUACACCCAGAAGGCAAAUGACUUUACCAAGUGAGUGCUUAAACGACGUAAGUCAGCCGUCCUUCGUAAGAAGUACUGCUGAGGGAACCAGUCGAAGACAUGGCAACUUGACGUCCCAUAGUACAGUUUCGCGAGGUAGAAGCCCGAGGCAAAAUAAAAGGUCGGUGACAAAUGAGUGCCUGGAGGAUAUGACAAUGCCAACGUUUGGCGACAUCUCUGGGUCAUCGCGACGUGGUGUCCAGAACAGCCAUCGCCUGGAGGACAUCAGUAUGCCCUCGGGUUUCUUAAAUCGAACCCAGCACAGUGAAUGCGUUGAGGAUAAGGUGAGCGGAACGCGCGGAGGGCCUAGGACCAACGAAUGCCUCGAGGAUGUGAGUGCACCCAGUUUUGCUCCAAGCUCUCGAAUGACCUCAAGACAUAUGCCCGAGAUGACAAACGAGUGCUUGGAGGAUGUUUCUAUGCCGCUAAAUGAAUCCUUAGCUAUUAACGAUUCUAAAUCAAUAGCGCGACGUCCUCCCGACAUUUCGUAUCCCUCGGAAUUGUUGGCCAACGAGAGUGCUCCAUCGUAUCAUUCACGGCAGGAUAAAUCGGAUAUGCUGGCUGAUUGCCCUUCCACAUCUCCGCAGAAAAACGCCAGAAGUCGAGCUUGGGAUAAUUGCAGUGGUGGUCGCUUGGAGGAUGAGUCAAUGCCCACAUUUGAGGACGUAUCCUAUCAACCGAGGCGCCAUCAGUUGACCAUGCCCAGCGAGAAUUUGGAAGAUCAGACUCAGCCUAACUUCUUUAACUCCACGACCUUGCCUAGUUCUACUAGAACCGAGAAGCACCAUGCAACAAAGUCCCCUCGACAGGAGCAGAUAAGCAGCAGCAAACAGCUCGCCGAUGAGAGUGCUCCAUCUAUACUGAAGGAUACCACGAAGGGACCAUCGGAAGUGGUGAAAGAAGUAACGGUUCAGAGCUCGACCACUUCAGUGACCAGGGUUUUCCAGAAUACGGCCGAUACUUCGAAUAACUCCGGGCAUCCCAUGAUAGAAGACCUUUCAAUGCCACAGUUUGAGUCCACCGGUGCCAGCUCUCAUCAGAAUACCUCCCAGCAUGGCUUUCAAUCCAUGGAUAACUAUAGACCAUUCGAUCAAUUGAUUUAUAGCCAGAAUUCGGUGGGUAAUCAAACUCAGCCCGAGACUCCUCAACCAGUGAGGUCUUCGAAUCGCAGUCGAAGUGCGCGGAGAACACCAAGCACCCCAAACACACCGAGCACUCCGAAUAAUCGAGGAGCGACUUCUCCCAGUUCUAGUACCGCAACUCCAGAACAACCAUGCGAUAUGAUCAGCACAAAUUACCCAUACGGAAAACCCUAUUGCUAUAACCGAAAGCCUUGCUAGAUGGGUAAUAGUUUAUGAAUAUUUUUAUGUAAAUUGGUUUUAAUACGGCCUGGUGAUAUA